AUGGCACUUUUAUAUAAUAGAGGAUGCGAUGAUUUUGAAAGAGACUCUGCCACAUGUCAUAUGACUAUAUGUCCCAUAAAUAAAUGUAAAUUUGAAACAUCAUAUUGUCGGGCUAAUAUAAAUUCAAUUAAAGUAUAUCGUCCUUCAGAUAAUGUUUCAAAUGAUUUUUCAAAAAAUACAUUUAAAUAUAAACGUUAUGGACCAUAUAAAUUUUCUAGAAUAAUUAUUCUUUCAAACAAUGAUCAAGAUGGUAUUGUGUUUCUAUAUGAAUUCAAUCCAUAUAUGGAUGAUUUCCCAAUUAAAACAUAUUUAUGCCGUCUUAGGAAUAUAAACCAAACGCUAUCGUUAUGCGAAUCCAUUGAUCCAUAUUAUUUAGAUAAAAGUCUUUCGUUUAAUUCUUUUGAUAUUAUUAAUGAAAAAAAUGAUCUAGCUAAUUUAAAACAUAUAAAAAACCCCAGACAUCAAAUUAUUAUAUCAACAUAUAAAGACUUAUAUUAUAAAGAACAUUCUUGCCAUUUGAUUAAAUCAAAAUUUUUUACACACCUUCGCUGCGUGAAUUAUUUAUGUGAAAAAGAUAAUGGAGAAUAUAAUUUGUGUACUGAUGCGAAUUAUAGUGGAAAAUUAGUAGCUUUUGAUUAUUAUAGUUAUGAACGAAACCUUAAAGAACUUAUAUAUCUUCCAGAAAGUUGCUUAAAAAAAGAUUAUAAUUUUGCAUGUACUCCAUAUUAUUGCCAAAGAAAAGCUAUAAAUCAAUUUUCUUUAUGCGACUAUAAAGAAAUUAGUGCUAUAAAAAAUAUAGCAACAAAUUCAACAAGUUUAGAUGUUAUAGCAACAAGUUCAAAAAGUUUAAACGUUAUAUCAAGGAAUUCAAAAAGUUUAGACGUUAUAUCAACAAAGCAGCAUAAUGUUUAUCAUGAAAAUAAUUUGAGUUCACCUGCGCUCUUUGCAAUGACUUUUAUGCCUUUUUUAAUUCUUUUCGUUUUUUUUUGGUGCUAUAUAUAUAAGAUUAUGAAAAAGAAGAGAAGUAAGUUAUUUAUAAAAUAUUUAAGUAUAUUAAUGCUUAUAUUACGUAAA